AUGAAGAGGGAGUUCUCUUCUCUUCAAAAGACCAAUAAAGGCUUACAGUCAAAAGUGAAGAAGCUGGAAGACCAAGCUGAGGCCGCCAUCAAAGCCCAAACUGAUGCCGAGGAAAAGGCUGAAUCUGCCAAGGCCAUCAGGAAGGUCUCUGAGGCCCAAAGAAAAGAGGCCGAGGAGAAGAUGGCCCAAGCAGAAAAAAAGCUUCAAGAGGCCUUGGCCACGAAAGAAGCUGAAAUCAAGGAUGCCGACGAGAAGGAUGGUGAUGAGGAUGAGGAUGGGGCUUUGGUGAGAAAAUCCAAGGAUGCUGAUGGGGGCAAGUCCCCUUUUCAGAAGGAGCAAGUCCUAGACUUGACUCAAGAUGAUGAAGGUGAUGAGGUUCCUAAAGACGCUGCACAUGAGAAGGUAUCAGCCGACAUCCCCUUAGCCGACAAGAGUAUUGAAGAAACUUUGCAAGAAAUUGAUGCUGAGCUAACGACGGAGAAGGCGGCUGAGGUUGCUUCUCAACAAUCGUCUGAACUUCAAAUUCAAUCAACUGCUACUGAGGAGGAGUCUUAG